GUUUUCUAUAAAUAGCGAUAUUCGUUUCACCUUCUUGCUAGUUCACAGUGUUGGCGUAGACUCCGUUAAGAGCAAAAUGGGAAGCGUCUCGGCCUCAGAUGAUGCCACCGCCAGUUCAUCAACUGUGUCGUCCCCAAGUGUUCAGCCUCAUACAUCUCCAUGGCAAUCUCCCGUCCCUUAUUUGUUCGGAGGACUCGCCGCCGUCCUCUGCAUCAUCAUGUUCUCGCUCCUCAUGCUAGCCUUCUCCUACAGAAGGCAAUCGGGCUCACAUGGUGGUAUUGAAGCUCAGAAACAAAUUGAAUCUGGUGUGGCAGAAUCAGUUCACGCUUCCGAGCCGAAGAUUCUGGUCAUUAUGGCCGGCGAUGAGCAUCCCACUUAUUUAGCCACUCCCGUCUGUGCCACGUGCUCGUCUCUUGCCGAAGGUUCUGAUGAGGAGGGUUUUGAGAAAGGAGAGGAGAAUCACGAAAGUUCCCAGAAAACCGACAAGCAGGCGUUCGAUCAUGUCGCAAGUUCGAGCACAGCUCAGCCGGAAAAUGGAGGUGCUCCCGCAAGCCGUCAACACAACCCGUGAUGAGAAACGUGGCUGGGUAUUUCUCCUCCGCACUGGAAGAGUUUUUUGUCUUCUUUCUAGCUUAUAAAUCGGCCUGUUUUCCGGAUUCUCUUGAUCUUAUUCAUGGCUUAUGAUGAUGAUUCGACAAGUGUAAGUUUAAGCCGAGAUUCUUAAUUAGAAUUCUAGUUUCAAUAUCGAUCUAUAUACAGAUAUAUUAUCGAGGAACGCCAUUCAGUGGUUUUAUAUAGCAAAAAUCAUUUUGUAUGGCUGCAUAGUCACAGGCACGAGGGGUGGAAAUGGACAUUGGUAGGAGAAAAAUAGCACUAGGGUACUACACAUCCUGAGUUUCAUGUAUGUGUAUAUGGAGGAGGCGUUGGGAAGAGAAGCGGUCGGAGGAAAUGGAGGGAAGACUGAAUUCCCGAUAAAAGAGAGGAGGGAGGAGGUGGUUGGGGAAGCGGCGGAGGCGUGGCGUCUGGGGCACGACACAAGACGACAACACUGGGAAGCGCGAGCUUAUGGGGUGAGAGAUGACGUGGAGCAAGAUGGGUGACACGUGUCUUCCUUCCCUUCAUCGUUUUCCCGCUUAACACCACACCUUGCUACGUAACGCGGCUACUAAAUGCCGCAUCCCCUCCCUAAUUUACGCCUUCUUUUAUCUUCUCCUGAUAGCUUAACCCUUUUUCAAGGCGCACAAAUAUAAGUUCACCACAAACAAAUUUCUUUUUUAUUUUAAUUCAUUAUUAUUUACAUAUUCGUGUAAGCCCAUUUAUAUAUUGUUUUAUUUUAAAAGAUAAAAUGCAAUCCGUAUUAAUAUGUAUUAAAAAGAUCGGUGGGAAGUCUUCAAUGGACAUAAGAGAGCGCGCGCCCAGACGACGAAAUGGGCUCCAGCAAACCCACGUACAAGCUUGCAGCGGCAUUACUGGCGAUCUGAUGUUUGUGACGGCGGACGGCGAGAAGAUACCAACUGUAAAUUAGCUCUCACUGUAUAAAUUUUCACAGUAAUAAACAAACAGUGGUACUGUUCUGUCAAAUCUGAGGUCAUCGUGAACAGAAAGCAUUCCAGUUGCUGGCUGUGUAAUGGGAUCCUAUUCAUAUGUAAGAGGAGGAUUCUGCUCACAGCUAAAUUCUGACGAGGAAGGCAAGUUCAGGAUUUGUAUAUGACGUG